AUGUUCGAAGUCGAGCAGCGUAUCCACAGCCUUGGCCUAGAGAUCGCCACCAAUAAAACGAAGGCUGUCAUGUUCACGCACAAGUAUAAGUUCGAGUUACCGGAACUUAUGAUGUGUGGCCACAAAAUUCCGCUAUCAUUUGAAAUGACAUACCAGGGCGUGACCAUCGACAACACGCUACUGUUUAAGAGCCACGUAAGUAAGUCCGCAGCAAAGGCAGAAAAAAUUGGGUCACAACUCGCAAGGCUAAUGCCUAAUGUCGGAGGUCCGCGCGAGGACAGGCGGCGCCAUCUGUCUAUAGUCGUCCACUCCGAGUUGCUAUACGACGCACCGGCCUGGGCUCAUACCAUGGACCUUGUUCCUGCCAAUGCUAAGGACAUCAACAAGGCGCAGAACCUGUGCCUAUCGCACAGUUUCAGAAGCGGCAGCAAAUGUAAAAGCCGCAACUCCCCCGGCGGACAUGCUGGCCAGAGAGCGGGAGGUGGAAUUCCUUAG